AUGGGUGCUGGCGGAGAUCCAUUGAAUGCUUUUACAGUGCUCAUGUCUCAAAAGCCCAAAAUCGCUUCCAAGUCGUCACAUCCCGUUCACCCCUCUGCAACGUCACCCCAUGUUUUCCAGGGCCGUGAUGCUUUGGGGACCUAUAUCAAACACCCGGAAUCAACUCCCGGAGUUGUAUAUUAUAACGAUGAUUUCGUUGCCAUAACUGAUCUGUACCCUAAAUCAAGCCUACAUCUUCUUCUACUGCCUAGAGACCCAUCGAAAUCUCGAUUACAUCCGUUUGAUGCCUUCGAAGACCGUGAGUUCUUAGCCAAGGUGCGCGACGAAACAAUGAAGCUUCGAAGCUUAGCUGUCUCUGAACUGCGACGUAUGUAUGGCAAAACUUCUCGUUCCGAGGCCGCUCGCCUGGAAGCCAUGGAUGCCGACCCGCCUCCAAAUGAGCUGCCUCCUGGCCGGGAUUGGGAAAAGGAGAUAUCAUGUGGUGUACAUGCUCAUCCGUCAAUGAAUCAUCUCCACGUCCAUGUUAUAUCCAGAGACAGGCACAGUCCGAGCCUCAAACACAAAAAACACUAUAAUAGCUUUUUCACACCAUUCUUUGUUCCGAUUCUUGAUUUCCCCCUUGACAUCGAUGAUGCGAGGAGGCAUCCUGGAAGGGAAGGCUACCUCCAGCGUGACUUGGAAUGUUGGAGGUGUGGAAUGAGUUUUGGUAAUAAAUUUACAAAAUUCAAAGAUCACUUGGAAGAGGAAUUUAAUACUUGGAAGACUCUAUGA